GCCAGUGUGUAUGUAAGCUAGAGCUAGUAGCAACAGCCUGUGUUAAGUUGUAAGUUUUAGCAGUAAAUACUGAGACCUGAAAGCAUAAGACUAAGUCACGCAGUGGAAGUUUUGAAGAGUUUUUUAAGUGAUAUCCUUAUUUUCUCAUAGAGCUGGUAGAUAGCUGCACACAGGGGUCUUGUUCCUUGUUAGCUUAGCUGAGAACAGUUAGCGAGCAAUUUUCGAUUAAAUGUCAAAACUUUCAGACAUGGAUCCUCUCUCUCUAUGGAUUUUUCUGAGUGUAUUGGCAGUGAGCACUGACGGAAUGGAUGUGCAAAGAGUGGAGGUGAAGGAAGGUGAUGAUGCUGUUUUGCUCUGUUCAACCAACCCCAAGAUGAACUUAGAGCCAACUGUGUUUCACUGGAAGACACCAGAUGAGAAUGGCCUAGAGGUGUACUUCUAUGACAAUGGUGUUUAUUCUGGUAAAGGCAGCACGGGGCAAGACAGGCGGUUUGUAAAUCGAGUCUCACAUUUUCAAGAUGAGCUGAAGAACGGCAACGCCUCCAUCAAGAUCACAAAGACCGAAGUGGACGACAGUGGAAACUACACCUGCAUUUUCCCUUUUCCUCAGCCCAGCCAAAUGUACUACAUUCAGCUUGUAGUCAGGGCAUCACCAAAACCGAGAAUCAAGGUUGUCAAUCAGACUGAGGACUGGGCAUUGCUGCAGUGUGAAAUUAAACGUGCCUCUCCAAAACCUUUCCUGGAGUUGCAGGACAGUUUUGGAAACAUCCUUCAUGCUCAUGAGAUCAGCACAGGAGAAACACACGACAUAACUGUUCAAGCCACUGUGAACAAGACCGACCUCUACCGCUGUGUACUCAGACAGGAGGAACUAUAUCAUGAGAUCUCUGAUGACGCCUUUGUGUUUAUGCCCAAGAAGGUUUCACGCACUGAAGCUAUCAUUGGAGGGGUUUUUGGUGGAUGGUUUCUGGGAGCUGGAACUGUUAUUGUGUCUCUACUUUUGGCUCUACGGUUCUCCCCCCGUCUCCGUAACAGAGUCAUCAGCUUUCUGUUGAAGCUGCAGCCAAAAGACAAAAGAGCACAGGAAAAUGGUGAUUUAAACAACAGCAUGAUGGCUCACCGUUCUCCUGAGCCGGAUUUCUGUUGAGUUGUGGACCCUGAGAAAUGCAAAUUACUUCACGACUCUGACAUCUCUCCGUAAUUCGACGCUGGAAAGUGAACACAACUCUUUCAAGGACAACGUUUUGGAAACUUGAAUCUUAGUACAACGACCCAUAUCAUGUGGGUUUUGUUUUUAAUUUUGAGUGUGGAAGUCCACUUUUAACUUUUUAGAAAGUCUUCUGCCUCUUUAUAACAGUUUUUAUAUUAACUUUCAUGGCAGACAAAACAAUCAGCUCAAAAUCAUAUUUUCAUAUGGCAGCUCUGAAUGUCUAUCACUGCUUCUAACUGGCUCUUUUUCAGGCCCCACCCUUCUUGGUUACUAGUGCUAGAUUAGAAAAAAUCCUUUAUCAACUCAAAAUUCAGUGUCUCAGAAAAUUAGAAUAUUGUGUAAAAGUUCAAUAUUGGAGACUCAUGGUGUCACACUGUAAUCAGCUAUUCAACUCAAAACGCCUGCAAAGGUUUCCUGGGCCUUGAAAUGGUCUCUUAGUGUGGGUCAGUAGGCUAUACAGUCAUGGGGAAGACUGCAGACUUCACAGAUGUCCAGAAGACGAUCAUUGACACCCUCCACAAGGAGGGUAAGACACAAAAGUUCAUUGCUAAAGACGCUGGCUGUCUUCACAAGGAGUGAAUCCUCUGUUCCCAUCUGUGAAUAGAAUUAGAAGAAUACCCAAAAGUUUACCCUAAGUUUAUAUUUGUAUAAGUAUUUAUGCACUUUAGCGGCAUGGUGGCGCAGGGGUUAUCGCUGUUGCCUCACAGCAAGAAGGUUGUUGGUUCGUUUCCCGGUCAGGGCCUUUCUGUGCGGAGUCUGUAUGUUCUCCCUGUGCAUGCGUGGGUUCUCUCUGGGUACUUGGCUUCCUCCCACCACCAAAAACAUACUCAUUAGGUUAAUUGGUGACUCUAAAUUGGCUGUAGGUGUGAAUGUGAGCAUCAGCCCUGCGAUUGACGGGCGACCAAUCCAGGCUGUACCCCGCUGUACGGGAUAAGCGGUAUAGAAAAUGGAUGGAUUUAUGCACUUAAACCCCCUUGUGCCUUUAAACGUAAGCAAUGUUUGAAUAGGAUGAAAAAGGGGAGUUCUGACUUUUUUACUGAAGUGUCUGUUGAUAUCAUGAGUAUCGUGAUAAGCUUGAAUUAUAUGUAUGUGUGUAAAUAUACGCAUUAGAGACGUGUUGUUGUAAGGUGCUGUAAUAUGCUUCUAUGAAUCAUGGGAAUGUUAUAAAAGCUAUUAUAAGACAAACCUGUGAAUUUCUCAGGCUUGAGAAUAUAAAAGUUAUUAACUGAUAAGGAAGGACAACGAUUUAACUUAGAUGAUGUACUUUAAAUAGUGCCUUCACCACUUUUUUCUUCAUAGAGCUUUCUGAACUUCAUGUCUGUGAGUUUGAAAUUAACGUUGUAAAAACUUUUUUUUUUUGGCAUGCACGAUAUUAUGAGCAUGACAUCAGUAUCAGCAGAUAUGAACAUUUUGGUUAAUAUUUAAAGCUGAUAUUUUGUGACUAAAAAUCAGCCUGUAUCAGCUCAAACAAAUAAGUCAAUGAAGUUUUAGUUUGGACCAACAUCAACAACAUUUCUUACACUUUAAAACAGUUAUAUGGACUGAAAUUUAAUUGUUCAUCCAUCCUCAAACUUUUGAUGGUGUGUUAAAAGGACAGAGGAUUUAGGUCUUAACUACAUUUAAAUAUGAAUGUUGUUUGCUAAAAUUAAUUUGUUAAUAUCCCCAUAUUCUAUAUGGGCAAAAAUCCAAUACCAUGCAUCCCUACCCUGAAUUGUAAAUAUAUCUGUGUGAUAAAGUGAGUUCCAGUUUGUGUAUAUAUUUAUUAUCAACUCAUGUCUUUAGCCUGGAGCCUCUAAAAGGAAAUGAACCGAAAGAAUUCAAAAAACAAAAUCUUAAUGAAAACUCUUAGGUUGGCUUCCUUUUGGCACAAAAUACUUUCUUUUUAUUUGUGUCCCUUUAGAGGUUCCAUACUUGUGGUUCAAAUGUAAAUAUUUUUGGUGGUACACACGAAAGGUGUCAAUUUUAAAUAUCUAUGUAUUUUUAUAUAUAGUUUUCUUAGAGAGAAACUAUUUUGUUUUAUUAGGAACAUCAUAAUCCAUUGAACUUGCCAUUAUUCAAUCAUGUCCUGUUAUUACAAACCAAAGACACAGAUGCAGCCAAUGUACAGUUUUGAAUG